CCCAACCCAAUACAUGUAUUGCUUGCAAAACCCCUAAAGCCCCUCUAAUGGCAGAACUUCAUCUUCCCUGUAUAUGCUCAUCAAUGGUUCAGUGACCAAAUUACCAGCAAACCCACCAAUGAUAUACCUGAGAAAAUUCAAUUCUUGGCGUUUUUUAACAGUUCUUCAACUUCCCCCAAACUCAUUAGCAUCAACAUGCUUGAAUUCAUCAGCCCCAUAUCAAUUUUCAUCGUUUUUGGGGAGACCCUUUUCGUUUUCAGCUCAGUCUCAGAAAAAAUCAGCAAGUUCAGAUAGUGUAGCAAAGAAACCAUUGGGUGUUUUCUUUCAAGAAGCUGUUGGUCUAUUAGAAAAGUCUGAAGUAUCAGAAAGUGAGAAUGAAACUGAAAACAAAGAAUUGAAGUGUAAAUUGAGAAAAUUGGAGGAAGAAGUUAGGGUUUUGCGGGAGAAGAGGAGAAAUGAGAAAGCUAAUAAGAAGGAGGAAGCUGGAAAUGGUGAUGGGGUGUCAGAAAAUGAGGGGAAGAGUAAGAAAUUACAUGAAUUGUUUAUGAAUGAGGAGGUUAGGAGUGUAAAAUCGAGGAAGUCGACGCCGUUAAGCAUGGAGGAUCAUACUGUGUUCAAAGAGCUUUCACCUGAUAUGGUGAUGUUUGUGACUCAAUUAUACAAUGAAGGGUACUUUAAAGAUUCAAACUUUUUGCCUAGGAAGAAGUUUGAUAUUACUUGCUUCGAGAAUAGCUAUGCCCGUGAUUUUGUGAAGUGUGCAGCUGAGCAGUUUGGUAGAGAUCACCAAGAGAUUGCAAAAUGGUUGUCUGGCAGUGACUUGAAAAAAGUCGCCCUUUUUGGUUGCCCUUCUAUUGCAAAGAAGAAUGUUUUAUCUGCUAAGAUGUUGCGUACAUAUUUCAGAAUUCAAGAAGAUAGUGUAUGUAGCAAAUGUGCUUUAAAAGCAUCAUGCAAGUUUGUGAAUCAGAAUCUCCGGAAAAGCGUUAUGACAAAUUUACACUUGGCUGUUGUAAUGAGGGUCAUUACUCUGUAUGCGCUGGAAUCAGUUCCCCCUCAGUUAGUAAUACCAGAUGAAAUAAAGGCUUCUGUCAGUCGGUUGCUGAUGGACAUUUUGCGACUUAGUAAACCUGUGUCUUAAACGCUUCUUCAGAAUCCGAUGAGUUGAUCAGCAGCAUACAGGUAAGAUUGGUCUCAUUGUCAGUGAGGUGCUUAUAUCCCGACAGGAUCAUGCUAGUUCUACGCCUGUUUGCACUACAUUUUGUCAUGCUUAUUCACGACUAGUCAUGCCUAUGGUAUUCAGUUAAUGAAUCCACGUGCCAAGAUGGGCGUUGGGGUUGAUUCUCUGGAUAACAACGGAACCUUAGUUGGUCUAGGUGAUCGAAGUCAUCUGCUCGUUUCUUAUAGGAGAACUGUAAAUGCAUCUCCUUCGAAACACAUCUUUCUUGAUCCAAAAUCUGAGAUCUUCAACAAGAUUUCGUUCAAUUCUGCAGGUGAAGUUUGCAGGAAAUAUAUCAAGAAGUUCCUCCAAUGGAUGUACUAAGAUUUUGCUUAUUUAGAACAGAAAUCUGAACAUACUUUCCUAUUUGUUAUCAAUGUUUAAUACUGAAAAUAUUACUUAUUAAUAUUCAUUUGAUUGAAUUCAAUGUCCA